AUGGACGUGACAGAGAAGGCAUCUGCGUCAAGCAGCGAUGUAAAUAUCCGCGGCGCAGCUUCGUCCUCAUCUUCUGAAGCCAUGAACGGUUCUUCUCGCACUAAACCUUCACUUCCUACGGGCGAUGCCAGCGGAGUGCCUAAAAGCAAAAGGAGGAGCAAGUAUCGGCAUGUGGCAGCCUACCACUCGAAGUUGCAACACUCAAGCCUAAGCCGAGAGUCCAAUGUUCCGACUAGUUUCCUCGGGUUCCGAAAUUUGAUGGUGAUCGUCCUGGGUACGAUGUUUUCCUCUAGGUAUGGGGUCCUCAUUUGCAUUAGAUGCCAUGACUACCGGAAACAAGAUGUAGUUCUUGGCUCAAUGCUCUUUGUCAUUGUCCCUUGUCAGCUGUUUAUUGCAUACAUUCUUGAGUUGGCUGUAGCAAGACGGGUCAAAGAAACUGUUGGCCGAAAGAAGAAGAAAGACAAAUCAGCUGAGGAAGGCGAGCGUGAACAACGUGAAUUCCGGACGAUUUGGCGGUUCGCCUUAUCUUUUCAUAUCCUCAAUACCUUGCUGAACCUUGCGGUGACGAGCUAUGUCGUUUAUUAUUACAUCCAUCACCCAGGGAUCGGGACGCUCUGCGAAGUUCAUGCGAUUAUUGUAGCGCUCAAAAAUUGGUCAUAUGCAUUCACCAAUCGUGAUCUCCGCGAAGCGAUGCUUAAUCCAUCCGCGGAGUCCGCCCUUCCUGAGAUCUACUCCUCGUGCCCUUAUCCACGGAAUAUUACACUUGGGAAUUUGGUGUAUUUUUGGUUGGCACCUACGCUGGUUUAUCAGCCAGUUUAUCCCCGGUCACCCGAAAUCCGAUGGUCAUUUGUGGGCAAGCGAAUGUUCGAAUUUAUAAGUUUGUCUAUAUUCAUAUGGCUUCUCUCUGCCCAGUACGCUGCUCCUGUGCUGCGAAACUCGAUUGACAAAAUCGCUGUCAUGGACAUUGCUUCCAUUUUUGAGCGAGUGAUGAAGUUAUCUACCAUCUCCCUCAUCAUUUGGCUUGCUGGUUUUUUCGCUCUUUUCCAGUCAUUCUUGAAUGCCCUCGCUGAAGUGUUGCGGUUUGGAGACCGAGAGUUCUAUCUUGACUGGUGGAACAGCUCCAGUCUUGGUAUGUACUGGCGAUCUUGGAACAGGCCUGUCUAUCUCUUCAUGAAGAGGCAUGUGUACUCGCCUCUGAUUGGACGGGGAUAUAGUCCUUUGACGGCAAGCACUGUUGUCUUUCUAGUUUCGGCCCUUCUGCACGAACUGCUUGUGGGAAUCCCUACGCAUAAUAUGAUAGGUGUCGCUCUCGUAGGAAUGUUGUUCCAGCUUCCACUGAUCGCCAUCACCGCCCCAUUAGAAAAGAUGAAAGAUCCUUCGGGGAAGGUAAUUGGGAAUUCAAUAUUUUGGGUUAGCUUUUGCGUCGUUGGACAACCUUUAGGGGCCCUGCUGUAUUUCUUCGCUUGGCAGGCGAAGUGUUCAAUCGGCCCACCCUUUCUCAAAUCAGGCACAGUAGUUAUCAUCCUGGUCAAGUUGUUCUCAGAGUCCCUCAGUAGAGUAUGCCGUCUCUUGAAGUAUGCUAUGAUUGGCUGUCACCUGCGCCUGAAAAGCACGUUAAGGUUCAGUAUUAUGCAUCGUUUCGUGUCUGAGCAAACGGAGGUCGGUUCGUCGGGACUCCGAAUGGGAAAUCAACUUUUCCGAGUUCCUGACGUCAAGAAAUCAGCACUAUUUAUGGUUCUAGAUCCCACCGUACCCCGAAAAACAACCAAAAGAUCAAUCGACCGUCUACCCUUGAUUAAUAUUUAA